AUGGCUGAAAUCCGCCGAAAGCUCGUCAUCGUCGGCGACGGUGCCUGUGGUAAAACCUGCUUGUUGAUCGUUUUCUCCAAGGGCACAUUCCCCGAGAAACACGCAGAUAGCACAGCCGAGAAUCGAAACAAGAUUGUCGUUACCGUGAUUGACGUGACAUCGGACGACUCGAUUACAAUACUCACCCCCGUUGCACCGCCUCGCCAAAGCAAGCAAUCGGGCAGCUCUGGCGACCUUGAAGAUUGGCCUUAUUGGAUCUAUUUUGCUGACGCAGAAGCUCAGGUCUAUGUCCCCACCGUUUUCGAGAACUAUGUCGCCGAUGUCGAGGUCGAUGGCAAGCACGUCGAGCUGGCCUUGUGGGAUACGGCUGGACAGGAAGACUACGACCGACUCCGUCCCCUUUCUUACCCUGACACCCACGUCGUUCUGAUCUGCUUUGCUAUCGACUCACCUGAUUCCCUGGAAAACGUUGAAGAAAAGUGGAUCCCCGAAGUCCUCCACUUCUGCCAGGGACUGCCCAUUAUCUUGGUUGGCUGCAAGAAGGAUCUGCGAUAUGAUAACAAGACGAUUGGUGAGCUGCGGGCUAUUGAUCAGAAGCCUGUCACCCCCGAAGAGGGCGAGGAGAAGCGCAAGUCUAUUGGUGCCUACAAAUACCUUGAAUGCUCAGCCAAGACCAACGAGGGUGUCCGCGAGGUGUUCGAGCACGCUACCCGUGCUGCUCUUCUGUCUCGCACCAGCCGCAAGAGGGACAAGAAGUGUCUUGUUCUGUAA